AUGACUCCCCAAAAGAUUGAAGAGCCCCAAGGUCCUCAAGACAAUGGCACUUCUGCGUCUACCACUGUCCCUCACGGAUGCAUCUUUUCCUCUGGUCCCAUGUUUGAGGAGCCGGAUCUGAUGAUUGACGACGAGGAUCUGAUGAUUGAAGAGCGUCUCGAUUCUGGCGAUUCCCAGUACGAGAAGGCCCUGGGAGAAUUGGAGGCUGAAUCCAAGGCCAAAAAGGCAGGGGAGAUUGAUGAGGAACAGGGGUGGCGCGACUUUGUCGAUGACCUCACUGUCACAUGGAGAAACGCCAUCGAAGUUGAGACGAGGGCCUUCGAAGUGGAGGAGAAGGCUUAUGUACAGGAGAAACAGGCUAUUGGGGAAGAGAAAAAGGUCGCUGAAGCAAUGACAAAACUUGCUGAAAAGGCGAGAAAGAUUGCCAUGGAGGAGAAACAGAAAGCCUUGGAGGAGCUCAAGGCUGCUUGGGAACAUUUUGAUUCCCUUCGCGAAAAGAAGCAGGCUCUGCGGGAUGCUUCUUCGAGCGGAACUGCACGAGGCCGAUGCCAGCUAAUGGAUGAAGUGUACUAA